AUGACGAGUCUUCUACGUGGUAUCUGUAAAAUUUCAAGACAUACCAGAUUCAUCAAUCCAACACCAAUAACACAUAUCAAAAAUUUCCAAACAUCAUUUCGUACACAUAAUGACCUUAAACAAAAACAACCAGAAACUUAUGAAGAAGAAAAAGUUAUAAUAGAUGAAAUUAUACAGAACUCAACACCUGAAGAUAUUCAAUCUUCCAAAAUAAUGAGAAAUAUUGGGAUUUCAGCACAUAUAGAUUCUGGUAAAACUACAUUUACAGAACGUGUUUUAUUUUAUACUGGUAGAAUUAAGGCAAUUCAUGAAGUUAGAGGACGUGAUUCGGUUGGAGCUAAAAUGGAUCAUAUGGAUUUGGAAAGAGAAAAAGGUAUCACCAUCCAAUCUGCCGCAACUUAUUGUUCUUGGGAUAAAGAUAAUCAAGCUUAUCAUUUUAAUUUAAUUGAUACUCCAGGACAUAUUGAUUUUACAAUUGAAGUUGAAAGGGCAUUGAGAGUAUUAGAUGGUGCAGUAUUAGUGGUUUGUGCAGUUGCAGGUGUUCAAUCUCAAACAGUUACAGUUGAUAGACAAAUGAGAAGAUAUAAUAUUCCAAGAAUUACUUUUAUAAAUAAAAUGGAUAGAAUGGGAUCAAAUCCAUGGAAAGCAAUUGAACAAAUUAAUUUGAAAUUGAAAAUGCCAGCGGCUGCCAUACAAGUUCCAAUUGGUGCUGAAGAUCAACUACAAGGUGUGGUUAAUAUUAUUGAUCGUGUUGCUUUAUAUAAUGAAGGUCCACAAGGUGAAACUAUUAGAAAAGCCGAAGUACCAGAAAAUUUGAAGGAUUUAGUAGAAGAAAAAAGAGCAUUACUUAUAGAAACUUUAGCUGAUGUUGAUGAAGAAAUUGCUGAUAUCUACUUGGAAGGUGAAGAACCAAGUGUCGAACAAAUUAAACAAGCUAUAAGACGUGCAACAAUCGGUAGAAAAUUCACUCCUGUUUUAAUGGGUUCAGCAUUAGCAAAUAAAGGUAUACAACCAGUUUUAGAUUCAGUUGUUGAUUAUUUACCACAACCAAAUGAAAUUUUAAAUACUGGGUUAGAAAUUCACAACGAUGGUACUGAAACACCAAUUAAUUUAAUUCCUUCAAGUACUGCUCCAUUUGUUGGGUUAGCUUUUAAGUUAGAGGAAGGUCCAUAUGGUCAAUUAACUUAUAUCAGGGUGUAUCAAGGUAAGUUAAAAAAGGGAGCUUAUAUGACUCAUAUAAAAACUGGUAAAAAAGUUAAAGUUUCAAGAUUAGUAAGAAUGCAUUCAAAUGAUAUGGAAGAUGUUGCCGAAGUCGGUAGUGGUGAAAUAUGUGCUACUUUUGGUAUUGAUUGUGCCUCUGGUGAUACUUUUAUUGGACAAGGUUCAUCAAAACAAAUUGCAAUGAGUUCAAUGUUUGUACCUGAAGCAGUUAUAUCAUUAAGUAUUGCCCCUAAAACUAAAGACAAUGGUGCUUUUUCCAAAGCAAUGAAUAGAUUCCAAAAGGAAGAUCCUACUUUUAAAGUUCAUUAUGAUUCUGAAUCUAAAGAAACUAUCAUAUCAGGUAUGGGUGAAUUACAUUUAGAAAUUUACGUUGAAAGAAUUAAAAGAGAAUAUGGAGUUGAUUGUAUAACUGGUAAACCACAAGUUGCUUACAGAGAAGCUAUAACUUCUUCAACACCAUUUGAUUUUACACAUAAAAAACAAUCUGGUGGUGCUGGUCAAUAUGGUAGAGUUGUUGGAGAAAUGAAACCUAUAGAAGGAGAAAAUAAAUUUGAAACUCAAAUUGUUGGUGGUAAAAUUCCUGAAAAAUUCUUAUUGGCAUGUAAUAAAGGAUUUGAUGAUUGUUUGGAGAAAGGUCCAUUAAUUGGUCAUAAAGUUUUAGGUGUGGAUAUGUUAAUUAAUGAUGGUCAAACACAUGUUGUUGACUCUUCCGAAUUAGCAUUUAGAACUGCAACCCAAGGAGCUUUCAAACAAGCAUUUUUAAACGCUUCUCCAGUUAUAUUAGAACCUAUAAUGAAUGUUGAAAUAACAGCACCAAAUGAAUUUCAAGGUUCUGUAGUGGGAUUAGUUAAUAAAUUAGGUGGAUUAAUUAAUGAAACAGUAAAUGGUCAAGAUGAAUUUACAGUUACUGCUGAAUGUUCAUUGAAUUCAAUGUUUGGGUUUUCAACUAAUUUAAGAGCAUGUACUCAGGGUAAAGGAGAAUUUUCUUUGGAGUUUUUGAAAUAUUCUCAAACUAGUCCACAAUUACAAAAACAAUUAAUUAAUGAAUAUGAAAAAGCUCAAGCAAAUAAAAAAUAG